AUGUCUAAUCGGGAGAAAUUCAGAAUUGAAGCAGAGCUGGCCGUGAACCGUGCCAACAUGUUGACAAGGCUUUGGAAGUACGCUCCGUUGGAGGUGAUGCACUCAGAAUAUCUUCUGCACGCUGGGGUAUUGAGCAUGGUCGAAUUCGACGAAGACAUAUUUGCUGCUGGAAACUGCUACGACGCCCAUCAAUACAAGAACUUCACCCUGUACUGCCCGUACGCCUACCGACUACCAGAGGGUCCGAUACUCGUCAAAGAUCUCGCAGUGGAGUACAAGUACCUCAGCAACACGAGUGAAUGGUUUUACAUUGCCAGGAAGAACGCUGAGAGGGUCAUCAUUAACUACAAUCAGUUCAGCCGAGGUAAGUGA